AUGUUACAUUCAAAGUGUAUUUCUGUCUCCUAUGGGAAUGGUUGUGGAUACCACCGUUGUACACCCCAGAAACUACGACUUCUAAAUGAGUGCUCACAAUGGCGCCAUCGGUACCUCAAGAUUGGACAGUUCAUGAAGUUCGACGACUUGUCCGAGAAGUCUUCUGAAGUCAUGACAUCUGGAGGAGUUGCUGCUCUUCCUGAGCUCCUUAGGCUGCACAAAAACACCCAGGCUUUGAUGUUUUUCUGCUGA